AUGAAGUUUCUAGGUCGGGCCCUUGUGGUCGUUUGUGCAACGUUCUUCGGGUCGAUAGUUUCUGCUGCAUCGACGUUUUCGCCAGCACGACCUCCAGCCAUUCCUCUUGCUGUAAAAUCGCCGUACCUGAGUACAUGGCUGUAUGCGGGCAGUGAUGGGGGAAAUGGUGGUUACCUGGCAGGGCAAUGGUCUCAAUUCUGGGCAGGGCAAGUUGCUGCAUGGACAGGAAUGAUUCGUGUAGAUGGAACAACGUACACGUGGAUGGGAGCUCCUACGGGACCAGCUCUAGUAACACAAACAUCAUUUGAGUAUACAUCUACGAAAAGCGUCUUUACCAUGGACGUUGGGGGACUAGUGGAGAUGAACAUUACGUUCCUUUCAACUUUAACACCAGACGAUCAGAAGAGACAGUCUCUCAUAUUUUCGUAUCUUGAUGUUGGUGUGCAAUCACUCGAUGGGAACUCCCAUGAUGUCCAGCUCUAUACGGACAUAUCUGCAGAAUGGGUUUCCGGAGAUCACUCCGCUGUCGCACAAUGGGAUCAAGGUACCACCAGGGAUGGUAUAUCUUAUCACAAAGUAUACAGGCAGACCCAGCUUCUCUUUAGCGAGACCGCCGAUCAAGCGGACUGGGGUUAUUGGUACUACGCUACCAAGAAGGUUCAUGGUCUUUCCUUUCAAUCUGGAUCUGAUGCUACCGUGCGGGGAAAUUUCCAAAGCAAUGGAAGUUUGACCGACACCAAGGAUACCGACUAUCGAGCUAUCAAUGCCCAAUACCCCGUCUUCGGAUUUGCUCACGACCUUGGUAAAAUCUCAGGCUCCGUCAGUACUUUGUACACCAUCGGCCUUGCACAAGAACAAGCCAUACAAUUUGACGGGGCUAGCGGUGUGGUGCCGUUGACUUCCCUAUGGACAAGUUACUUCUCCAGAGAGACAGACGCUCUUUCCUUUGUCUACAAAGAUUUCAAGACUGCUAGCAAAACCGCAGCAGCUCUUGACUCAAAGAUCUCAUCAGACUCGAUAGGUUCUGGAGGUCAGGAUUACCUGACCAUCACAUCUUUAGCAGCCCGUCAAGCCUUUGGUGCCCUCCAGCUUGUGGGAAACUCAACAAAGCAGUAUCUCUUCCUCAAGGAAAUCAGCUCUGAUGGAAAUGUCCAAACCGUCGAUGUCAUCUUUCCAUUUCACCCUGUCCUACUCUACCUGAAGCCCGAGCUCCUCAAGCUCCUCCUAGACCCGCUCUUCGAGAACCAAGAAUCGGGCCAAUACCCCAACAUGUACUCCAUGCACGAUCUCGGUAGCUCCUACCCGAACGCAACUGGCCAUCCCGACGGUAACGACGAGAAGCAGCCCCUGGAAGAAUGCGGCAACAUGUUAAUCAUGACUCUUGCGUACUCGCAACGAGCCCAAGACAACGCAUACCUCACGCAACACUACAACGUCCUGAAACAAUGGACGCAAUACCUCAUCGCCGAAGCCCUCAUCCCCGCCGACCAAAUCUCAACCGACGACUUCGCCGGCUCCCUUUCCAACCAAACGAACCUCGCGCUCAAAGGCAUUAUUGGCAUCGAAGCCAUGGCCGUCAUAGCAAACCUAACCGGCAAUUCCGCCGACAGUUCCAACUACACGUCCAUAGCACACGACUACAUAUCCAAAUGGCAAGAUUACGGCAUCGCGCACGACGCCGUUCCUCCACACACCACGCUCGGCUACGGACUCAACGACACGCAUGGCUUGCUCUACAAUCUAUACAGCGACCAGGAACUAGGGCUGAAACUCGUACCGCAGGCUGUGUAUGAUAUGCAGAGCGCCUUUUACCCGACUGUGGCGCUACCGUAUGGCGUCCCGCUGGAUACGAGACAUAAUUAUACGAAGAGCGACUGGGAGAUGUUCACGGCGGCUAUUGCAGGAGAUGAGACGAAAGAGUUGUUGAUCAAGGCGUUGGCGGCAUUUAUUGGGGCGACGACUACGAGUCGGCCGGAGACGGAUUUGUAUAGUGCGGCGACUGCCGGAUGGCCCGGCGAAGGAGCCGGGUCGUUCAUGGCGCGCCCGGUCGUCGGCGGGCAUUUCGCACUAUUGGCCCUCGAGGCGCAGGUGGAAGCUGGGAUUCACAAUUAA